AAGUAAAUUUAAAGCUUUGAACCUCUUUAUAUUCUACUUUGAAUAAUAAUAUUGCAUUUAAUUUUUUUAACCUAUCAAGACUAAAGCGUUAAAUUUAAUAAAUAAUAUACCAGUUACUUAAACAUUUUGUUUGUAAUUGUUGUGGGAAAGUCGUUCAAUAGUUGCACAACAAACUUGUUUUACAGUGGAAACUAGUAGAAGAAGAUUUUAAAAGGAGAUUAUAUAAAAGACUGAAACUUCGCCUAAUAUCUUAUUACAACAAUCUAUUGAGAUCAUAAUGGAUUCCAUUGGAUGGUUGAAGAUAAUUUCCCUGUUUAUAAUUGAUAUUACUGCUUUAAUAGGAAACUUUUUGAUUUUAUUUGCUGGAAUAAAAAUAAAAAAACUUAGGAAGUUACAAAAUGCAUUUAUUUUUAAUAUGGCUGCUGCAGAUUUCCUUCAAGCAUUAAUUAUUAUACCUUCUGCAUUUAUCAGCAUUUAUAAUUCAAAAUGGGGGUUUGGUUUUAAAUCAUGUCAGGCAUUUGCUAUAAUGAAACUUACAAUAACUCUGACAUCUGUUUUUUCUUUAGCAGGUAUUAGUUUGCAACGGUACUUUUUUGUUGUGAAACAAACUUAUCGUUUAAAUACUAAAAAAAGUGCUGCAUGUGGCAUUACAAUCGUAUGGAUCAUAUCUUUAUUUUUUUCAUUGACGCCAUUAUUCAAAUGGGGUGAACUAGGAUUUGAACCUGGAAAAGAAGUUUGUACUGUACUCUUUCAAAAAAGUAAGUCGCAUACAAUAACUAUUGCUUUGUUUGGCCUGUUAUUUAAUAUUGUUAUCAUGGUUGUUUGUUACCUUCUUAUUUUCAAAAAACUAUAUCACUCUGAUAUCUCUCGUAAAUUAACAGCAAAAUCUAUGGAGCAAACUGACUGUUCAAGUGCUAAAAACAUUAUUUUAAAUGAGAAAUACUCAUUAGAUCCAUUUGACACAAGAUACUAUAACAAAAUAGAGUGUCAGUCGCCAAGUAGUUUAAGCUUCAGUGAAGAUUAUCCUAAAUCAUGUUUAAUGAGUAAAAAAAAGUUCCAAAAAACCUUUAAUUCAAGUCUUUCAGUUGAUAUAAAUAUCAAAGAACUGCAAUUACUGAAAACAAUAAGCAUUGUUGUAAUAACUUUUAUAUGUUGUUGGGUACCCUACUGUGUUUUUAAUAUACUUAGAACACUUAAAAUAGUCGGAGAUAUAGACUUAGUAGACACAAUAACGAUGUGGCUUGGGUUUUUAAACAGUGCGUUAAAUCCUUUAAUUUAUGGCGUUUUCAAUAACCAGUUUAAACGUUCAAUGGUAUACCAUUUUCCAUGUCAUAAAAUAAAGUAAUGAAAAUGACAAAAAAUGGAGAUAAAAAACAGAAUCACUUGAAUUAUGACUUUUUAUUUUUAAAUGUAUUUUUGUAAAGUUAUUUCACAU